GCGAGGUUUCAAACGUUUUCUCUGAGUACAAACUAUAUAAAUACUAGAUUAUACACAUGCAAAAUAAGAAGUACCACAUAAACUACAAAUCAUGUCAUGCUGGUUAUGAAUUGGUAAGGGUAGCAAACUCAAUAAAAAUUUAAGUAUUUUUUGUCUUCUCUGAGAAUGAUUUUACUCUCCUUCAGUGGAUAUAUAUUUUUGCGCAACCUUUCAAUUGCCAAACAUUAAGUAAAAAGUAUAAUUCUGGUUCUGCUAUCACUACGAUUCGGAUAUGUAUAGCCAUAAUCCUAAAUUCAUUUUCCUAUAAAUUCGUAUUUUACAUCCCCCCCACCAACUUUUCAGUCACCCGAUUUCAAUUAAGGGGAGAAAAUGGUAAAAAAAUAAGAGAAAAAGAAAUAAAGUGUAUAUACCUCAUUUUAGUUCAAUGUCAGUUUCUACAAUAAAUAUAUAUAUGGAACCAUCAGACACCAUAUCAAAAGUUACUGAAUACUAUUUGGACACAAAAUGGCCCACCAAGGUUGUUGGAUAUUUAUUUCGACUCGCUCCAAGCACUAAGAACUCAUCACACGGCAAAACUGACUCCUACUAUGAAACAGAGUCAACCCGUGAGAAAAAAAAAAAGAAAAAUAAUUCACACAUAUAAAACGCGAUUACUGCCCCAUACAAAAAAUUGAAGUAGUAAUAAUUUUUAACUAUACAUCGUUUAUUCACAUCACACAAUGAUUUCUACCUUAUUAAGAGCCCCAAGAUUUGCUCCAAGAGUUGUCCCAAGACUCAUCACCAGAGUUAACCCAGUUAGAUUUAACUCUGCUAUCUACAGAAUCAACAAAGAUUCUGAUAUCUACAAGUAUCAAGACGGCCCAAAGGUUGUCAAGUUCACUGCUGAACACGAAUGGUUAGCUGUCCACUCCGAUGACUCUGCUCAUGUUGGUAUCACCAACUACGCUUCUGAAGCUUUGGGUGAUGCCACCUUCAUUGAACUUCCAGAAGUUGGUACUGUUGUGGAAGCCGGUGAAUCCAUUGGAUCUGUUGAAAGUGUCAAGUCUGCUUCUGAAAUAUACGCUCCAGUCUCUGGGGAAGUCAUUGCUGUUAACGAAGUAUUGGAAUCUACUCCAGGUUUGAUUAACGAUGACCCAAUGGGUCAAGGUUGGAUCGCUCACAUUAAAUUGUCUGAGCCACUGACCAUUGAAACCAACGAAGAAUUGUUGGAUUCUGCCGCUUACGAAAGUUCCUUGGAAGAACAUUAAGCUCCUUCUUUCACUAAUUAUAAAAGGUCUACCAGAUAACGAAGCCAAAUUACUACUGACGUGAUUUUUUUUUUUUCCUUUUUUCUUCCAAACCUCUCUCUGUCCUUGAACUGCAACCUGGCGCUGACAGUCACUGUCAAUACAUACUUAUAUAGAAAAUGAUAUACAGC